CCAACAUCGUCUGCAUAAGGAUGAAGUGGCGUUGCUGGUGGAUUUAGAGGUUCAUUGUGACUUGUGUCUUUGAAGAGGAGGUAGGGCGUCUUCCUGCUCCGUCGAGGCGUGGUGGCAGAUAACUUGGAAAGUCAUUGCAUUACGGACGUGGUAGAGAGAGAGAGAGAGCGUUGCGGUGUAAUAGCUGUGCUUUACUUGGGUGGGAAAAAAAGGUAGUGUAAGUGCCGAAAAUGCUUAGUAAAUCGGUUUAAUUUCUCUUUCUCCGUAAAAAUUAAAGUCGUGAGUAUACAGUUUAUGCUGCGGUUGUGAGGUGAAUGAAAAAGUGUUUGGUGAACUCGGGACAUCGAAUAACAAGAAAGAAAACGGAGGACACAGAACCUGGGCUGCGGUACGAACUGCCAUUAACCACCAUAUUUCAGUAUAUUCUUGCGUCAUCAAGUCUUGGAGAGGAGCCAUGCCGGGGCAAACAACGACAGCAGGAGUAUCUGAUGAAAAUGCAGAUGCUCUAAUCAGACCAACACAAGACUCCGUUGCCUUCAAAACAAUGACAAAUGGAGAUGGCGAAAUUUCUCAGAUGUUACCUGAGGGACAGCCUCAAGUCCUGGAAACAGCGGCCGAAAGGCGAGGCAGGCGACAUUCACACUGGAUUGUCUACAUCACUACCUUUGUCAUGUCAAUCGGAUUUUCCAUCGUGCUGACCGGAGUAUGGCCGUAUUUGCAACAGGUAAGACCUCUCCUCUCUCUCCUCGUAAACUUUCAAGCGGUCUUUACGCAUUGUUUUUGUUUAUGUUUUCCCUUUAUGUUUGCAUUUUACACGGAAAAGAUUUUUUUUUUUAGUUUUAUUAAUAUUUCUUUUACCUGGAACGAUGGGACAUUGACUCUUACUCACACGGACACAGAAAUGUCCCUGCGGCUGCAAUUUUGGGUUGUAAGUUUAAGAUUCAAGGCCAGGUUCACUUUUGUGUCUAGAUCUAUAGCAGAUACAGAUGCAGAUGAUUACGAAAAAAUAAUGUUGGGAGUCUCCGAUGUGUUGCAGAGAGAGCUUAGUGCUGAGAUGACAAACAAACCCGCAAGGGAGGUGGAAAGCCUCGUAAAUGUAUCACAGGUGCAUCAUAUACGGCUCCCUUCUACCUCCCGUGAUGCUAUUCAGGCAGCAUUAGCAGUGGCUUUCUCACACGAGAAAACGAGUGAGAACAAGACCUCCCUGGCGGCCGAGAUCCUGGAGGAGGAGAUGGAGGAGGUCGGCCUUGGAAUCGAGUGGAAUAUGUAUACGGCCACGGGCUGGUUCGCAACCAUUCUUGGGGUCCUGAACUUCUUUCUCUUUAUGCCCUGCAUCUUCAAAGAAUACCCAAUAGCAGCCAGAGAAGCUCAGCUGAAAAGACAAGCUGCUAAGGAAGAUCAGAAGUUGCCAAAGCCUGAUUAUCCUGCCCUGGUUGGUGUGCUGGUAUCUUUCUUCAUCAUCCUCUUCAUAUAUGUCUUGCUGGAAACAUUAUUGGUGCCUAUGUGUAUUGAUCUUUAUGCCUGGUCUGAUGAAAAAGCUGUAAUGGUUGUAGGAGUCGGUUUAAGUAUAGCCGGAGCUAUUUCAAUUGUGAUGUUUACCUUAACCAGUGUCUUGACGAGGAAGUUUGAUGAACGCAAAGUUUUUAUUUUUCUUGGAUUACUUCCACUAACGGUAUCUAUGCUCAUUCAUUUUCCAGUGGGAAAUACAUAUCCAAAAAUGCAAAACUGUACUUCAUAUAAUGGUGUCCAUGCAUUUGAUGACUCUGCAGUAGUACCUGACUUUAACAUGAAUUUUACUGAACCUAGUAAUACAUUAUCUAGACAAAGGCGUCAUGCUGCAAGAGAUAACACUUGCACUGAUCUUGGCUGCCCUCAAGAGCAGGAAUGGUGCCUUUACACACCAAUUAUCGAAAAACCUCAAAUGGCUGUUGCAGACGUAGCUGCUAUUAUAGGGUAUCCAGUUGCAUUCACACUUUCUAGUUCCUUCUUCUCAAAAAUUUUAGGUCCAAAGCCACAAGGUGUGUGGAUGGGUAUCCUAACAAGUACUGGAAGUUUUAGUCGUGUCACCGGUCCAAUUUUUGUGUCUUACAUGUACACUGCUUUAGGUACUAGGUGGACGUUUGGUAUCCUUUUUGUAGUAAUGUCUCUUACUCUUGUUAUCAUUUCUUUGUUGUUCAGAAGACUUGUGCCUAUGAAGUUGGUAGUAACUUAGUGUGUUGAUAAAAGGUCCUCAUUACCAUCUUAUAUGUAUUAGAGAUCUGUUGCUUGUUGUGUGAUUAAUUAUAGUAUAUAUUUAGUGUUUAAUUUUUAUAAAACACUAAAGUUGAUGUUAGUUAAACCCAUUGUAAUGAUUGGUGAAGUUGAUGAAAUUAUCCUUUCAUUAUCAUAUUUCAUGUUUUACCAUUGAACCAUUACCUGCUUUUCCUAUAAAUGUUGUGCUAAAUUGUAUAGUAACACACACACAUACACAUAUAUAUACAUAUACUUAUGAAUGUAUAUAUAAGAAAAUAUACAAUAUAAUGUAAAAAGUACAAGUAAAUUGAUUUCUCAAAUACUAUUUAUUAUACAUUCACAGCAAUAACAACUAGAGGUUUAUUUCUCUUUAGGUUGUAUUAAAGCAUUUGAUAAUGUAUUAACAAUAAUCCAAAAGCUACAGCCUGAGGAAUCUGAUAAUACAUUAAUAAUACUCAAGGGGCUACAGCAUAAGGGAUCUGUCUUUGGAUAUGUUUUUGGCAUAUUUUAAGACACAAAAGUUUUUCUUUUUUCAUACCUUGUAGAUAUCAGAUCUGAAGAAAAAAAUGUAUGAUGAUUCUUGUUAAAUCAUUAAAAGUAUUGAAAUGAUUAGUGGUUGAUUUUGUUUUAGAUUUUUUAAGAGAUAUUCUCUCAGAAAUUGCAUAGUUAUAAUUCAGAUGUGUUUCUGAUACAGUUUGGUGAUUAGAUUUCAGAAAUCAUUGCCAUUUUUAUGACUGAUGUUUUUUCUGUGAUUUAAAAAUUUCAGUUUUAGUUCUUAUGUGGAAAGCUAAAAGUAAUGGAUGAAGAUCAAUUGGUUUUGGUCAGGUGGGCCCCUUGACCUGUACAAAUGUAAUCAUUCCUUGUCUCAUCUUCUCUCCUUUUUGAAAUCAGGACAAACUCAAGAAGGAAAGUAGGGCAAGGGAAGGUGGAAUGUGGUGGGUUAGUGCCAAUAAUACUUAAAGAAAAAAUGAUAAUAAGUGUAAAUAUUACUUUGUAGGAAGACACACACACACACACACACACACACACACACACACACACACACACACACACACACACACACACACACACACACACACACACACACACACACAUGCAAACGCACACAUGUACACACACACACACACACACACACACACACACACACACACACACACACACACACACACACACACACACACACACACACACACACACACACACACAUGCAAACGCACACAUGUACACACACACACACACACACACACACACACACACACACACACACACACACACACACACACACACACACACACACACACACACACAUAUAUAGACAGUGUUUACAUGAUGGUAGCUGUAUUGUGGAAUAAUUGAUGAACUGUACAAGUAUAAUACUUUAAGGGUGAUUAUUUUUAAAAUGUAUAACUAUAUUUAAUUUUUUAUUGACUGGUAACCAUAACUAUGAUGUAAUUUUUAUAUACAGAUAGACUUGUGGAUGUAGGUCUGAUUGUCUCGUGCUAUUGUCACGCAUUGAUAUUCCAUGAACCAUACCUCAUUUCCUUCUAUGAUUACCUUUCUUAGUUUUAAAAACUUUCAGGAAUUCAUCAGAUCAACAUAUUAGUUAAGAUUAUGUAACUGGUAUAAAUGCAGAACAAAAUAAAACCUUUUUUUUUUUACAUUAACCCCUUUGUGGCAGUUGAUUUGAUAUUACAUUUACAUAAGUGAAGGCAGCUUACAAAAUGCAUGUUUUCAGUUUCAUGGGCAUGUCUACAUGCCUGGGUGGGAAAUAAAUAACCAGAAAUUAAUAAUUAGUAAUUUGAUUAGUAGGACUACUGACCUGCACUUAAUAAAAUAAUAAUAAUAAUAAAAUUACCUUUUAACCAUGGAUCCUUUAUGGCCAGUCACAAUUUCUUGUAACUUAAAUUCUAACCAAUGUUUUUGUUCUUUAUUUACCAUUACUAACUAUGUAUUGUAAAUAUUCCUGUUUGUCAGAGUGGUUCUGUACAUUGUAUUCUGCUGCAGAGGAUUUAAAGGAAAGCCUGAAUAUAAAUUGGCUAUAAUACAGACUAAUAGGUUAUAUUGUUGGCAUGUUCAUUUAUUGUGAAUUUAAAUAUCUAGGGAACAAUUAGAACAGCAAAAUACCUUGAUUAAAAAAAUGAUUGCAUACAUUAUAACAGCUUGUUUGAUGAAAACUGAAGUUAAGUGUAUUCUUUUUGCUAGUUUUGUGCUCUAGACCAUACUAGGUUACUGCUUGUCAGCUAACUGUGUGAUGAAUAUUUUGCUGUAAUUAGACUUAUAAAAUAGUUAUUGCAGAGAUGUAUGCAAUUUUAAACAUGAGCAAUGCUAAUAAGUAUGAUGUGGUUAGUUCAUUUGCUGGAUCAAUGGAUUCAUAAAAGGUUCAUUUAGGGAAAAUAGUUUUCAGUGAAUGCCUUGCUUUUUAUUGGGUGUCUAGGAAGGUUCUAUGAUGUCACUAAGAGGUUGGCACAGGUAUACUAAAACUUUUUUAGCUGGAAGUGUAAAAUGGGAAAUAAAAAAUCAAAUUCCUGCUCCGGGUAGAAACAAACAGAAAAAUAAUAUUAGGAUGUAGCACUAGUUUC